AGACUGAUACCUUUAUGUUGACUCCUACUGAUGAGGAAAGUGACCACCAGCUCCUCUCUCACAACUCUCAUGUAGCUGAGAGCCAAGAUCAGAAAGGAGGCAAGCAUGGAGACUCAGGCUCAACUAGAACUGCAGAGCCAAAUCAACAGAGUCUACAUCACGAAAGCAUAAGUCACAGUAACAAUGUAGACAACCCUCACCUGUCAGAGAUGCACUGUGAUACUCACACAGGUAAACAGCCUUUAAAAUGUGACACAUGUGGAAAAGGCUUUAAGAUUAAAACAUUACUAGAGAAACAUCUGAGAAUCCACACAGGUGAGAAGCCGUUUGCAUGUAAAACAUGUGGGAAAGCUUUCAGACAUAGUAGUCACUUGACAAGCCACACGAGAAUCCACACAGAUGAGAAGCAAUUUUCUUGCAAAAUAUGUAAGAAAGGAUUUGUUGGGAAAUCAGGAUUGAAAUAUCAUAUAAGAACCCACACAGGUGAUAAUCCGUUUGCAUGCAAAACAUGUGGGAAGGGAUUUAUUAAGAAAUCAUUAUUGAACUAUCAUAUAAGAACCCACACAGGUGAGAAGCCGUUUGCAUGCAAAACAUGUGGGAAGGGAUUUAUUAAGAAAUCAUUAUUGAACUAUCAUAUAAGAACCCACACAGGUGAGAAGCCGUUUGCAUGCAACACAUGUGGGAGAGCUUUCACAAAUAAUAGUUACUUGACAAUACACACGAGAAUCCACACAGGUGAGAAGCCAUAUUCUUGCAGAAUAUGUGAGAAAGGAUUUAUUGAUAAACCAGCAUUGAACUAUCAUAUAAGAACCCACACAGGUGAGAAGCCGUUUGCAUGCAAAACAUGUGGGAAAGGAUUUAUACAGAAAUCAUCAUUGGACACUCAUAUAAGAACCCACACAGAUGAGAGGCCGUUUGUAUGCAAAACAUGUGGGAAAGCUUUCAGAAUGACUUGUAACUUGACACGCCACAUGAGAAUCCACAAAGGAGAGAAGCCAUAUUCCUGCAACACGUGUGGGAAAAGAUUCACUCAGAAAUCAGCAUUGACGUCUCAUCAUACAAGAAUCCACACAGAGCUCCCACAGCAACAUUUCUGUAAGGAGGAGGAGGUUCUCUCUGACCAGCAGCGUUUUGGGAGACUUAUAAUGGCCUGGACUCGCUUAGGGGACAAGGUUUUGCCUUCCCCUGAGAUGUCAUGA